ACGUAUUGCAUCGUACCAGGAUGUGCAAGGACGAACAGACAGAUUGAUAGAAAACACACAUUAACGAAUAAGUCCCAUAAAACUACGUGAAAGCACAUGCCGCCUUGUUUUCUUUUUUUUUCAAAACGUUUCUAUAAUUGUCACUGACCCGUCUGUACAUUUUCCGGCUCGCUCGUUGUAACAGAUUUCUUUUUCCGGUAACGUCACCAGACACGUUGUGCAACUGUCUAAAAACUCAAAUAGAAAAGUAGAAAAUGGCCGGCUAUUCCGAAAAGGAUAUCGAUACCGAAGAAGACUGGAUACCACCAACGGAAGCGGAAUUAAAAGUAAUCCAGGCCAGAAGAGAUCGAUCUGAUCGUAUUUCAAAAAUCAUGGGGAGUUACCUGCUUAAAGGCUAUAAAAUGUUGGCUUCAGAAUGCCCAACGUGCGGUACAAUUGAAUUACAAGACAAAAAGAGCAAGAUCUACUGUGUUGCCUGUGAGGAAAUUGAUACUGAAAUUCAAAAGGACAACCCAGCUUUAAGUGAAAAAGCAGCAUCUAGUCAAAGGGCUGAAUAUCAAUUCAUAUCAGAAAGGAGCCAACCUGAAAGAAGAAUUGAACCAUCCGUUGUGACUUUGCAAACUCCUGUCUCUACAAAUUUGCAGCAGUCUAUAUUGAUAAAUGAUGUUUCUACAAAGUCUCAGUACAAAGCAACAGGCCUGACAAGCACAAUGGAUGUUGAAGAGGAAUGUCUAAGGUGCCAGGAAGUUAUUCAAAAAAAAAUUACUUGGGCCAGAUUUGCACUGGAAAGUGAGCAUGACCCUAAUAUGGUCAGUUCAUACAUGAAAGUCAUUACAAAUGGUGUGGAAGCUAUUAAUGUUUUGAGAAAGUUUUCUCCCUAGGUAUAGUCUUUUUCUCUCGUCCUUUCCUUGUUUGAAUACACAAAAUUGCAUCAUU